GGCGUGUGCAGUCGCUGCUACAACCGGUUGGAUGGGUUUUUGGGUCCUGAAUGAACUCGCUGCAACAGACACACACAGAGGUAAAGCUGUCCCGUCCACACCUGUCCAGCAGAUCAUGACGUCCGCCGAACCCGGCCCCCUGACCACUCACGUGCUGAACACCGGAGACGGCGUCCCGGCAGCCAAGGUGGACGUCAGCCUGCACCGGCUCGACCCCACGCUGAUGAUCUGGAACAUGCUGAGUGUCGGGACUACAAAUGAAGAUGGCCGCUGCUCAGGACUCGUCAGCAGGGAAGCGUUCAGCGCCAGCACGUACAAGCUGCGCUUUGAGACGGGUUCCUACUGGGAGAAGAUGGGUCAGAACUCCUUCUACCCGUAUGUGGAGGUUGUGUUUACCAUCACUGAGACGGAGCAGAGGUUUCACCUCCCUCUGCUGAUGAGUCGCUUCUCCUACACCACCUACAGAGGAAGCUAAGCGAUCAGCAUUUCAUAAAAAAAUAAAAACUCUUAUAGAAUAAGAGUGCAAUAACACAGCAGAUAAGACACACACACACACACACACACACAGACAAACGCACACCAGACAGAACGCACAC